CUGGCGUAGUUUAGUAGUUUGUACAUGGAAACAAUUAUAGAUAUUCAAGUUUUACGACAACAUAGCAAUGGAAUAGUUUUCUAUUGUGAUAAUGUUUGUUUUCCUUGAAAUUGAUUUUAUUGUCUGAAUGAUCACCGCAGAUAUAAUCUCUUAACGAUAGCGACUGUGAUCGAGUUUUUAAUUAAAAGCUGCUUCAUGCUGAAGUGUGAUUUAUACUUGUAAGAUUUCAAAGCUAAAAAAAAAGUUUGUAAGCUGUAGCAAUUAUUAUUAAGUGUCUAACAGAACAUGUAACUUCUUCAAGCUAUAAAUCAUUGGCUUAGCAACUACAAAAAAAAAAAAAAAUUCAGGUAGUCGUAACAUAUCGUAUGUGACAGAAUUUCAUAAAUUCAUGCUUAAAGAAACAUGUCUAUAUGCUCAAGCAAGAAAUCGUAUUUUUGUGGACCAUAAGAAAUUAAUUUUUAAUGAAACAUUCCUAGAAAUAAAAGUAUUCAUAAAUUAUUCUAAUGUCAAACAGCUGCUAUGUCUCUUGAAUAAUUUGUAUUGAUUCAUUUAUUAAGAUAAACACACGUAUUUACGUGAGAUAUCAAACACCACGGAUUCUAUCAAGAAUGUAAGUUAUAGUUACCAAUUUAGUGCAGAGAUUAUAUGUUCUGGGAGAUGUGUAACAAAUUGUCAUCUUCUUUAAGAGACUGUGUAUAAAAGAGCACAUGCAGAUCCUUACUGAACACAAACCUCAUAUGUGGGAAAUUUGUCAGAUUUCAAUUAGUUGAAAAGGUAAUUUAAACAUGUAUAUGCUAAUUCACAUAGGAGAGAAGCCUGACAUGGCUGAAGUGCAUAAGAAUACAUUUAUAUAAAUUAUUAAUUUAGAUUAGCAUUUGCUUAUUCACACAGGAGACGAACCGUAUAUGUGUGAAGUAUGUAGGAAAUAACUUUGCGAGAAGGGCAACUUAAAUAAGCAUUUGCUUAUUAACACAACAGACAAGCCUUCCAUGUGCGUGUGAAGUAUGUAAGAAGUCAUAUAAUGAAAAGUUUAAUUUAAACAUGGACGUGUUUACUCAGACAGGAGAGAAAUCUUACAUGUGUGAAGUAUGUAAAAAGUCAUUUCGUCAUAAGCAUAGUUUAAACAGGCAUAUGCUUAUCCACACUGCAGAAAAACCUUAUAUAUGUGAAGUUUGUAAGUACUCAUUUAAACACAAGUGUAGUUUAAUCACUCAUAUGCUUAUUCACACAGGAGAGAAACCUCAUGUGUGUGAAGUAUGUAAGAAGUCAUUUAGACAGAAGUAUUAUUUAAAGAUUCAUAUGCUUAUUCACACCGGAGAAAAACCUGUGUGUGAAGUAUGUAAGAAAUCAAUUAGACAUAAGGGAGAUUUGAAGAAUCAUAUGCUUAUUCACACUGGAGAGAAACCUUAUAUCUGUGAAAUAUGUAAGAAGUCAUUUAAUCAGGAGAAUGCUUUAAACAGCCAUAUGCUUAUUCACACAGGAGAAAAACGUCAUGUGUGUAAAUUAUGUAAGACGUCAUUUAGUCAGAAGCUUUAUUUAAACAGACAUAUGCUUAUUCACACAAAAGAGAAACCUCAUGUGUGUGAAGUAUGUAAAAAGUCAUUUAGUCAAAAGGGUUCUUUAAUCACUCAUAUGGUUACUCACACAGGAGAGAAACCUCAUGAGUGUAAAGUAUGUAAAAAGUCAUUUAGUCAGAAGGGUCAUUUAGACAAUCAUAUACUUAUUCACACAGGAGAGAAACCUCAUGUAUGUGAAGUAUGUAAGAGGUCAUUUCGUCUUAAGUCUAGUUUAUCCAAGCAUAUACUUAUUCACACAGGAGAGAAACCUCAUGUGUGUGAAGUGUGUAAGAAGUCCUUUCAUCGUAAAUCUAAUUUAACCAGUCAUAUGGUUAUUCACACAGGAGAGAAACCUCAUGAGUGUGAAGUAUGUAAGAAGUCAUUUACUGAGAAGUCUUAUUUAAACAGGCACAUGCUUUACUUCACACUGGUGAGAAAACCUUAUAUGUGUGAUAGUAUGUAA